CUUGAAACGACAGUAUGAUUUCCUGAAUUGUGCACUUCGUGUCCACUUCAUGUGAAUUCUCUCAGCUAUGGACGUAGUUUCGUAUGCUCAAAGAGACACAAAAUCUCAGGUGCAGUCAAGAACACAGUGCCACAAAGAAACAGAAACUAUGCUUCCCAUUCCCUCACGCGACGCUGAGAUGCCUAACCCAUUCGGCGAUUUAGGUGCUGGCUUGACAGAUUCGGAGCUCCGGGAAACCGCGUACGAGAUCGUUAUUGGGGCUUGCCGGAGUUCAGGCACGGGUCGUCCGUUGAAAUACGUUUCCGGUGCCGAUCGGAAUGGUUUCCAGAGGUCGGACUCGAUGUCUUCCUUCUCUUCUCGAUCGUUGCCGAGGUCGAUGUCUACGUGUGGGUCGAGCACGGUGAAGAAGGCGCUGGGGUUGAAGUCCAAGAAGAAGAAUUGUCCCGAUUCGACGGAGGAUGCAGACCAGGACCAGAAUUCAGUGAGCCGACAACGAGCCUCUACGGUUGGGGAGCUGAUGAGGGUCCAAAUGAAAGUUUCGGAGCAAGUUGAUUCCCGGGUCCGUAGAGGGUUGUUGAGAGUAGCUGCUGGACAGCUUGGACGGCGUAUUGAAUCAUAUGUUCUUCCAAUGGAGCUGUUACAACACCUUAAGAUUUCUGAUUUUCCUAGUCAGCAAAAAUACGAAGCGUGGCAGAGAAGGAACUUAAAGGUACUUGAAGCGGGGUUACUCUUACAUCCAUCCUUGCCCCUGCAUGAGACAGACUCACAGUUUCAAAAGCUUAAGGAAAUUGUACACGGGGCUAUGUUGAAACCCAUAGAUUCAGGGAAGAACAGCAAUUCAAUGCAAUUACUCCGCAAUGUUGUAUCAUCACUUGCCUGUAGGUCUUUUGAUGGUUCUGUCUCUCAGGUAUGCCAUUGGGCAGAUGGAAUCCCAUUAAAUCUCCGGCUCUAUGAAAUACUUCUAGAAGCUUGCUUUGAGGUGGAUGAUGCAACAUCUAUAAUUGAAGAAGUUGAUGAAGUCCUAGAAAUCAUUAAAAAGACAUGGGUAGUUCUUGGAAUGAACCAAAUGCUCCAUAACAUUUGUUUUCUGUGGGUUGUGUUCAAACAUUAUAUUUCAUAUAACCGAGACGAAGGUGACCUGCUCUUUGCUGCUGAGAAUCUCUUGUUGGAAGUUGAAAAUGAUGCAAAGGCAGCAAAAGAUCCAAUUCACACCAAAACUUUGGGUUCUGUACUUGGCUUGCUCUUAGGCUGGGCUGAGAAGAUGCUUCAAGCUUAUCAUAGUAGCUUUUACAGGAACAAUAUUGACAUCAUGCAAAGUGUACUGUCCAUUGCAACAUUGGCUGCCAAAUUAGGGGAAGGCAUAUCUAAUAAGUAUCAUAACAAGAGAGAAGGUGAUGUUGCAUACAGUAUAGUUGAUGGUUACAUCAGGUCAUCACUACAUAAGGCUUUCACUCAGACAGGAAAAUAAGAAAUUGAUCUCAUCCAAGAAGUCUUCUAAGAUUCAGCGGAAUUCUCUUCCAAUCCUUUCCAUCCUUGCACAGAAUACCAGUGAUCUGGCUUUCAAUGAAAAAGAAAUAUACAGUCCAGUACUGAAGAGAUGGCACCCCCUUGCGACUGGUGUAGCUGUGGCUACUCUUCAUGCUUGCUAUGGGAAUGAACUAAAGAAAUUUGUUUCCAGCGUCAAUGAGUUGACGCCAGAUGCUGUACAGGUGCUCAUUGCUGCUGACAAGCUGGAAAAAAAUCUUGUAAAAAUGGCAGUUGCAGAUGCAGAAGACAGUGAUGAUGGAGGAAAGGCACUGAUUCAAGAAAUGAUUCCAUUUGAGGCAGAGGCUGUAAUUUCAGAGCUGGUAAAGUCAUGGAUAAGAACAAGGGUGGACAGACUAACAGAAUGGAUUGAUAGGAAUCUGCAACAAGAGAUUUGGAAUCCUCUGGCAAACAAGGAGCGGCUUGCUCCUUCUGGUGUGGAGGCUUUGCGUGUUAUAGAUGAGACUUUAGAAGCGUUCUUCUUGCUGCCAAUUCCUAUGCAUCCUGCCUUGCUUCCCGAGCUACUGAGUGGUCUUGAUAAAUGCCUUCAGAGAUACAUAUUGAAUGUCGAGUCUGGCUGUGGAUCUCCAAGUACAUUUGUCCCAACUCUACCUGCUUUGACCAGAUGCGCCGCUGGAACAAAAUUUGGUGUAUUCAAGAAGAAAGAACGGCCAAAUACAGUUCUGCAGAAGAACACUCACUUUGGGGCUGCAGAUAAUAUUGAUUCCUUUGGUUUGCCACAGCUAUGUGUUCGCAUCAAUACUUUGUAUGCCAUGCGCAAGCAAUUGGAUGUACUAGAAAAGAGGACUAUUUUGCAGCUGAGAGAUAGUGGAUGUGUUGCUGAUGAUGAUAAUAUGGUCAACAGGUUGGGGAAAGGCUUUGAGCUUUCGGCAUCUGCUUGUUUGCAAGCAAUCAGGCAGCUUUCAGAAGCAACUGCAUACAAAGCUGUCUUUCAUGAUCUGAGUCAUGUGUUUUGGGAUUACCUUUUUGUGGGCCACAUUUCAUCCUCUCGUAUAGAACCUUUCCUUCAGGAGCUGGAACAAAUCUUAGAGGUCAUAUCAUCAACUGUUCAUGACAGGGUGCGGACCCGUGUGAUCACUGAUGUAAUGAAAGCAUCUUUUGAGGGUUUUUUGUUGAUUUUGCUUGCUGGCGAUCCUCCUCGUGCUUUUUCUAUUCAAGAUGCUUCAAUAGUAGAUGAGGAUUUUAAGCUUCUAGCGGAUUUAUUCUGGUCUGAUGGGGAUGGACUUCCAGCUGAUCUCAUAGACAAAUAUUCUCUGAACUUAAAAGGAGUUCUUCAUCUUCUUCAUACUGACACGGAGACUCUCAUCGCGCAGUUUAAUCUUGUGAUGGAAGAGAAUUACGGUUCCUCAGCCAAAUCCAUGUUGUUGCCUCCUACGUCAGGUCACUGGAGUCCAACUGAGCCAAACACUAUUUUGCGUGUUUUGUGUCAUCGUAAUGACAAGGUUGCAACAAAGUUCGUCAAGAAGAACUACAACUUGCCAAAGAAACUCUAACCAUAUUGGCGUUAUGCCAGAAACAUGUUUACAAUUUACUCUUCUGACCAUAUACAGCCGGGAGAACUUUCUUGCUCUUGUAUAGAAUAUUUUCUGUACUUUUAUAUUCGAAGAAAUAACAACUUGAUGCCAAGAAACCCGCACACUGGAGAACUGAAGAUCAGUCACCCUUUGGACUGUUGUAUUCAUGAGACGGCUUCAAGUAGUUCCAGUGCCAGCGCUUCUGUAGCUGGACAGGUAACACUGUAAAUCUGUAACUUUACGGUGUUGGAUUAAUUUAUUAGUUCUUCUCAGUACUAGCAUAGGUGACACCAGCUAGUGUAACGAGAUCUGGAAUCUUUACUUUUGUUUGGUUGAUGAUUUAGUGUUUUAUGCAACCUCAAGGUGUGAUAUGUAUAGGCUUCUUGUAUUGUUAUAUUCCUCAAAUUGUUACGGAGUAUUAUUUCACAAAAAAUUGUGUUAUUCUCGUGAUUAUAAGUGUGGACCAUGACCAUCAU